AUGGGGAAACCGUAUCAUCAUCUGGUUGGAUCACGUUUUGUUCCCAAUGAUCUAGGGCUGCUGAGGUAUCACCUUCGCAGCAUGGUGGAGAGGAAGCAGAGCAGUGUCGACAUAACAACUAUGGACGUCUACCAAUCCGAGCCGUGGCUUCUUCCUCACGUAAGCAAUCCUCUUUUCAAGAAGAAGGAAUGGUACUACGUUUUUCCGAAGACUAAGACACCGAGCCGAAGUGUACUAGGAAGAGGAGGAAGCAAAGUUGGCUGUUGGAGAAGCGGCGUCAAGAAAAUAGAUAUCAAGGACGGAAAUAAAAUCAUUGGUUACAAGAAGUCUCUUACGUACCACACCAUAGUGCAUGGAGAAAAGAAGAAGACCGAUUGGCUCAUGACCGAGUAUUCUCUUCACAAAGUUGGCGACGGCUUCCAAGAUUUGGUCUUGUGUAUGAUCCGAGACAAGACAAAGACGAAAGUGGACAAACGCAUUAACCAUGUUCCUCAAACUCAGACUCAGCCUCGGCCUCAUUCGCAAUAUCAACUUCAGCCUCAGCCUCAGCCUCAGGUGGCGGCGGAGAACACCAACAACAUCCUACCGAACCAAUUAGUUCAUAAAGAGGCUGUUUUUACCGGGUUUGCUGAGGAGCUUGAGACGAUAAUGCUAGAGGGACAAGAAGAUCGUGAAGCUACUGAACAACAGCAAGAAGACGAGAUACCCCAGAUCCACGACAACAACAACAACGUCAUGAUGUCGAACCAACAAGUGCAAAAAGAAGCUGAUUUAACCGGUUUUGCUGAUGAACUUGAGACGAUAAUGCUAGAGGGACAAGAAGAUCGUGACAUUAAUGAACAACAACAAGAAGAAGAGAUACCGAUGAUUCCUCUGGCGCAGAUCCACGAAAACAACAAGAACGUCAUGAUGUCGAAUCAACAAGUGCAAGAAGAGGCGGCUGAUCUAACCUGUUUUGCUGAUGAGCUUGAGACGAUAAUGCUAGAGGGAGAUGGUGACGACGCUACUGAACAAGUGCAAGAAGACGCUGGUUUAGCCUGUCUUUCUAAUGAGCUUGAUAUGCUGAUGCAACAACAACAGAUAUACGAAGAGACGCAGAGCGGCAACAAUGAAGUGAUACCGACUCCUCCUCCGAUGCAAAACAACAACAACAACAAGAGCGACAUCAUAAUGAGGCUAGGGGGACAAGAAGAACGUGAAUUUACUCAGCAGCAACAAAAACAACUAGAAGAAGUGUUACCGAUUCCUCCUCCGAUGCACAACAACAACAACAACAACAACGACGACGUCAUGAUGAAGUGGAGGCAAGAAUUGUCUGACAUAGAAGAAUUCCUGUUGAAAGAUAACGAAGGUGAAGAUGUCACCGAACAAGAAGAGCGAUUUCAACUGCUGGUGCAACCGAUUUAUCAAGCUCAAGAAUGGAGUCAACUCGUGGGUGAUCAAGAAAAUGAUACGAUGAUGAUUAUAGACAAUCCUAACAAUGCCCAAGCGUUGGGGAAUUUUGAGUUUAUUGAUGUGUAG